AUGCAGGAGAAGCCCCUCGGCGCCGCCGCGGCCUUACCCGCCCCCGUGGAGGAAGUCGACGUGCUCAUCUGCGGCAGCGGCUCCGCCGGCCUCAGCGCCGCCCACGGCCAGGCCGACGGCGUGCAGUGCCGCACCGUCGAGGUCAUGGAGAGCUUCGGCCUGUCCGAGCCCGUCCUGCGCGAGGCCUACCACGUCCUCGAGGUCGCGUUCUGGGGAGACGACGGCAACGGCGGCAUCGCGCGGGGUAACAUUGCGCCCGAUACGCAGGUUGGGCUCACGCACUUGCCUCACGUUAUUCUCAGCCAGGGCCGCAUGAACGACCUCUUGAUCCAGGAAACCGUCCGUGCUGGCGGCGAGUCGAGGAUACGCUACGACACCGAGGUCAAGGACAUUCACGUCGACCCCGCCACCGCCAACGACCCUAAUGCGCACUGCGUCACCGUCAGCGCUGUCCAGGACGGCGUCGAGCGUCAGUACCGCGCGAAAUACGUCUUGGGUUGCGACGGUGCGCACAGCCAAGUGCGCAAGUCCCUCGGCUUCAAGAUGGUCGGCGACAGCUCCGACGCGGUCUGGGCCGUCAUGGACAUCCACCCCAAGACCAACUUCCCCGACAUCCGCAAAAAGGCCAUCCUCCACUCCAAGGCCGGCAACAUCAUGAUCAUCCCCGCGAGGGCGACUCCAUGCCUCGUCCCCACCAUCCAGGACAUCUUCUACCCCUAUACCAUGGAGAUCGCCGAGACAGUUUGGUUCUCCGCCUACCUCAUCGGCCAGCGCCGCGCCGACUACUUUACGCAGAACAACCGCGGCAUGAAUGUCAGCCUCCAGGACGGCUACAACAUUGGCUGGAAGCUGGCCGGCGUGCUCCGCGGCGAGUUCCGCCCCGAGAUCCUGGACACGUACGUCAGCGAGCGGGAGAAGACGGCCACCGAGCUCAUCGAGUUCGAUCGCUACUACACCAAGCUCUUCAACACGCAAUACCGCAAGGAGAACAACAUCUCCGAGGACGACUUCUCCAAGGAGUUCGUCAAGGCUGGUCUUUACACCACCGGCCUCGCCACCCACUCCCUGCUCAUGCGAUUCUCCGACGCGAAGCCCCUGCAGCUCGUCAAGGCCAUGCCGUCCGACUCUCGGUGGAAUGUCGUGGUCUUCCCCGGCGACCUGAACAAGAAGGAAUCCGCCGAGCGGUUCGAAAAGGCCACCAUCGAACUCAUCAAGACCGCGAACGCCUUCACGCCCGCAGACAAGGACAUCAACAGCGUCAUCAACCCCGUCGUGGUCCUUUCCACGGAGCGCAAGGAUCUAUCGCAAAACCAAAUUCCCGAAUUCUAUACCCCCUACUGUGGCCCGCGCAACGUGCGGUGGCUCCACAAUGUCUUUACCGACGAGGCCGGUCCUUACUCUCCCCACGGCCACGCCUAUGAGAAGUACGGCAUUGACCCCAACCGUGGCGCUCUCGUAAUUGUUAGGCCCGAUCACUAUAUUUCCAAGGUCCUUCCUCUCGAGCAGGCCGCCGAGGUCAAGACCUUCCUCGAGGGAUUCAUGAUCCCCAUCAGCCAGAGGGGCUCGCACAAGAACGGAAAGUUGUAG